CCACAGUGCACCUCGGUUUUUACGCCGGUGAGGAUGCCGUGGUGCAGACCCGAAGCUACAGACAAGCUUGUUCGGGACUUCAUAAGAACUGGAUCCACCGUCAGCAAUAAGGAACAAACCUUCUGCACCCAGAACUGCUCCAGGAACAAGAUGAUGAAAAAUUGGGCUGUCGUUGGCGGUAUAGCUGCUGCCGUGGCAGCUGGAGUUUAUGUCUUAUGGGGCCCGAUUACUGAGAGGAAGAAGCGAAAGAAAGGUAUGGUGCCCGGUCUGUUGAAUUUGGGCAACACCUGCUUCAUGAACUCCUUACUCCAGGGCUUGGCAGCAUGCCCCUCCUUCAUUGGAUGGCUUGAGGAGUUCACGGGCCAGAGGGACAUGGCUCAUAACGAGUUCGACAAGGAGCCCAAGCUGUCCAAGACACUCCUGCAGCUUCUGAAGGCUCUGUCCAGCCAUGACCCUGGGGAGGAUGAUGUCCUCGAUGCAGGGUGUCUUCUGGAUGCCCUCAGGCUCCACAGGUGGCAGAUCAGCUCCUUUGAGGAGCAGGAUGCCCAUGAGCUCUUCCAUGUCCUCACAUCCUCUUUAGAGGAGGAGCGGGAUCGCCUGCCCAGAGUCACCCAUCUGUUUGACAUGCAGUCCCUGGAGAGUCCCCCAGAGUCCAGUGAGAAGAACAUGAGCUGCAGAAGUCGAGGCCCUCUGCACCCUAUAUCGAGUCCAUGGAAGACCCAGCACCCUUUCCAUGGGCGAUUGACAAGUAAUAUGGUAUGCAAGCGCUGUGAGCAACAGAGUCCAGUGCGUUAUGAUUCAUUUGACAGCCUAUCACUCUCCAUCCCCUCGGCACCAUGGGGCCGACCUGUUACUCUAGACCAUUGUCUCCAGCAUUUCAUCUCCUCUGAAACCAUCAAGGAAGUGGAGUGUGAGAACUGUACAAAGAUCCAGGCAGGAAACACGUUGAAUGGGCAGGUUGUAGAAAGCCAGAGGACAACUUUCAUCAAACAGCUUAAACUGGGAAAGCUCCCUCAGUGCCUCUGUAUCCACCUACAGAGGCUCACCUGGUCCAAUGAGGGGACCCCCAUCAAGAGACAGGAACACGUCCAGUUCACGGAAUACCUGUCCAUGGACUACUACAAGCACUGUGUCUCGAGUCAAGGGUCCCAGGAGCUCGUUUGGCCACCCAAGGCCGUUCGAGUGGACAGCAAGGCUGACAGUCGGGAUAAAAAGCCUUCCAACGGCACAGAUACAGAACACUGUAACAACAACAAGCCGCUGUCAAAUGGAGCCUGCCCUACUGUCUUUUUCCACUCUCCUGCACUAAGCCCUCAGUUUUCCUUAAACCAUGACUUCAGUUCCUCAACAUAUCUCUUCCGGCUGACUGCCAUUCUGGUGCACCAUGGGGACAUGCACUCCGGACACUUUGUCACAUACCGCCGCUGCCCUCCCUCACCACGAGGUCCUUCCCCUUUCAGCACCCAGUGGCUGUGGGUGUCCGACGACUCUGUGCGUAGGGCCAGCCUGCAGGAGGCACUGUCGUCUAACGCCUACCUGCUCUUUUAUGAGAGGGUGCGGCGUCCCAGCUUCAAGCCGGAGUAGGGCGGGGGGCAGAGCGGGACCAGGGUAGCCUUCCGCCAGCAUGUGUGCCACACAAACUUUCCUCAGACUCUUCCUGCACUGUGUAGUCCUCCAGUCAUACCGUGCCCUACUUGGUGUUUAUCGUUGACCACCACAAUGGGGAGGAGAGCAGAGGCAUUUUUCCUUCCGCAUCAUGAUGUCAGGGCACUGACUGAUUUGGGUUCCUCUUGUUGUCUGUCCCCAUUUCUUCCUCCCCUAACCCCUGAGGUGAGAGGACUUGUGAGUUAGUCUGCCUGUGCUAUAAGAGGUCAAAGUAAGGUCUCCAGCAUAGCAUAAGGUACCAGGGCAGGAUGGGAGCAGAGUGGUGGGGCCCAUGGAAGGCACACAGCAUUCAGUAACCAGAAUGGGUCGAAUGACUGCCAGUCACCAGUAAGAAGUGAGUAAGUAAGUACUUCAGCAGAGGCAACAGAAGUUGGGUACGUACAUAGCUUGGGUGUGCUUGUUCAUUCUUCUGACUCAGAGACUACAGAUAAUUGGAAAUGUGUAAGCAGAUACAAUGAGAAAUGGUUUGGAACAAAGUACCUCUUUUCUUGUUUUUCUCCUUUUUUAUCCAUAAUCCAGAUCACUGUUUUAUGGAACCUUAUUUAUAUUCUAGUGGUAGGGGCCUGUUCCUGUUUCGUGUGCUUUUCCUAUCCAGUGAAAAAAGGAUAAUAAAUUACAACCUGUUUAUAAGAAAUUUAACUUAUUUGGAUUAAAACUGGACAACUGACCUCAACAUUAAUGGAUACAUAAAUGGAUCUCUAAAUUAUUUGAACAUUCUUUACAGUAUAUUUAAUCAUAUUUUCUAAUAGCAAGGAUAGUGCAGUACACCGCACUGGAGUCAGCCACUUGAAUGCACAUGGGUUAGGUGUCACCAUGGAUUUUACACAGUUGAGCCAGAACUGUUAGAACAUAGAGACUAAUGUAUUUCAGACACUAUAGUCAUACAAUGGACUCAUUUCUCCUCCCAAAGAAAAGAAAGUGUUGUCGUGAUUGUUUCUAAAAAUGAGGCCAGAGCCUUUCACUCUGAAAGAAUUCCUUUCUGCCUUUAGUGGUAUGUCAAAGAGGUAAUGCAUACGCUUCUUCUCCAUCUUUGCCUGGUGAACAAGUAUUGUAAUUCCUCCAUGAUUGUUCUUUAUACUGUAUAGGAAGUGGUCAACCUUUUCUUUAUGUAUUCUUCAGCUACCUGUGUUUUGUGAUAAUGAUCAUAAUUGUAUUUGUUUGGUAAAAAAUGUUAUGUUAAAAGAUUUUAUUUAUUUGUACAAACAGAAUGUGAAUGGACUCAAACUACCAUGUAUGAGAAGUCUGAAGCCAAUCCUUGAUUGAGUUUUUUCAUCAGUUUCAGCCCGAGUGGUGACUGUAGUUGAAUUUGCCAAAAUGUGUGAAGUAAGUUGCUGUAGGACAGAACGAAAAUCAACUCCCUGCUAAUUAGUGUUUUGCUCAGUAUGUAUCCUAGUACUGAAUGUAGAGGAAAAAUACUGCCCACUAUUUUCACUUUACCAGUAUUACUCAAAAACAAGAAACUGUCCUGCAUAUAAUUGUACU